AUGCCAUCGACACCAUGGACUAAGCCGGACACAAGCACCCGCCCAAUCGCCGUCAUUGGCGCAGGCGUAAUGGGCCGCCGAAUUUCCAUGAUGUGGAUAUCCGCAGGAUACAAAGUAAUCCUGUGCGAGAAGUCAAUGGAUGACUACGACGGCGCAGUGGACUACAUCACAGAGAACAAAGACAAGCAAGCCGCGAAGCUAGGCACGGAGGUCGCAGAGUUGAAAGUCACCGAUUCUCUGCAAGAAGCUGCCGGAAAUGCAUGGAUGGUGAUUGAAGCCGUGCCCGAGAAGCUGGAGAUGAAGAUCGAGAUCCUGGCUGAAAUCGACGCCAUCGCCCCGCCGGACUGUGUAAUCGCCAGCAACUCGUCCUCGCUGCGGACCAGCCAGAUGAUCGUCAAAACGAAGAACAAUUACCGCAUCUGCAACGGUCACUACUAUAUGCCGCCGGAGCAGACGUACUACGAGGUCAUGUCGUGUGGCCAGACGGACCCGGACAUCUUUCCGUUUUUGAUGGAGAAGGCUGCCAGUGCGGGUUUCCAGCCUGUUCAUGCCAAGGUUGAGUCGACGGGUUUGGUUUUCAAUCGGAUCUGGGCGUCCAUCAAGCGAGAGGUGUUGCUCGUCCUUGCUGAGGGGGUGAGCGAUGGCCAUACCAUUGAUGAGAUGUUCAAGGGCUGGUUCAAGGCCGCCAAGGGCCCUUGUCAGAUGAUGGAUACGGUUGGAUUGGAUACUGUGUACAAUAUCGAGGUUGUGUAUACUGAGCAGCGUGACCUAGACACCACUGCUAGGGACUGGCUGAAGGAGACCUAUGUUGAUAAAGGCAAUUUGGGAGCCAAAACUGGAAAGGGACUGCUUGGAUAG